GCAACUCCAACCCACCCCUCUUCGCGUCUCCUAUUUUGGUUUUAGGAGAGAGAAACCCAAAAAUCCCCUCCAACCCAUCUCUCAUCACGUUCCUAGCGAUAGGAGGCCUCUCAUCCGCGGGCUCCAACCACCUACAUCCAGGAGCUCCGGUCUGGACUCUCAUCCGCGUGGAGGAGCAACCGUCGCCCCUUCCCGCGCCGGCUCGGACGCCAUUCUCGUUAGGGAGCAAGAUGGAACCAUGGAUGAUCGAUAUGCUUGCAGGCAAUGGUGGUGGCAGCCACGAUCUGGAAAUGCAUGGGACCAAUGCUGGUGGCAACCAUGAUGUGCAAGUUGUUGAGACUCAACAUGGUAGCCCACAAGAGGAACAAGUAUUCAGAGAGGCUGCAGUUGUUGAAGCUACCACUGGUGUGAAAGGUAACAAGAAGAGAUCCAAAAAUUUUAGUGUUAAGGAGGACAAUCUGUUGGUGGCAGCAUGGUUAGAAAUUAGUAUGGAUGCAGUACAAGGCAUUGAUCAACCUCGUGCUACUUACUGGGAAAGAAUUCAUGAGCACUACCACUUGCACAAGGAUUUUGAGACUGAUCGUAAUUGUGGUUCUCUUGCUCAUCGUUGGGGUAUCAUUUUAGAAGCAGUUAACAAGUUCUGUUCAUGGUAUGGUCAUGUGCAAAGAAGACAGGAAAGCGGUUUGACGGAGCAAGAUAGGGUACUUCAAACCUGUGAAGUGUUCAAAAAAGAGGAAGGCAAAGCAUUUUGUUUGCUGCAUUGUUGGAACGUCUUGCGGUACGAGGAAAAGUGGAAUGAGACAUGUGCAAACAAGAAACAGAAGACUAGCAUCAAUGCUAGUCCAGGGGCAUCUACUCCUCCAAGCUCUACAAAUGGUAAUGAACAGGACUGUGCUAGUCAGUCCACAGAAGCUACCAAUGCAAGACCUGAUGGUAGGAAGAAGGAGAAAGAACGCCUGCGCAAAGGUAAAGACCCCAUCUCUCCUACUUCAAACCUUUACAUGGAUGCUAUGGAGAAUUUGUGGGCUAAGAAGAAAGAGAUGGAAGAGAUGAAAGAGCUGAAAAAAAAAGAACGAAACGAUGAGAGAAUUGCAUUAGAGAUGAAAAGGCUUGAAAUAAAAAUGGCUGCAGAGAAGGAGAGGAGUGACCUGCAGCGAGACCAGCUAGAACUAAAGAGAAGGAAAGAAGAUGAUAAGGUCAUGAAAAUGGACCUUCGUGGUUUGGAUGACCGUCAACGUCGUUACUAUGAGAAGAUGCAAGACGAGAUCAUUUCUCGACGCUUUGGUGGAGCUUGAUAUUGAGAUGGACUUGUACUUUAAUUUAGCUGGUAUUGUAUGGACUUGUAGUUUAAUUUAGCUAUCCUGGUAUUGUAUGAACUUGUGUCCUGGUAUUGUAUGGCUUCGGACUAAAUUAUGGUUAUGCUGCCAUGGUUAUGCUUCAUACUAAAUUAUAUGCUUUAUUGGA